GUGUCUCUCGCUGAUAUCGAGUAAAAAAUAAUGAAAAUACAAAGAACCUGACAUUUGUAUGGGCGAGUUGAAAACUGUGUGAAUUAAUUUAUUACAACGCGUAUUACGUCGGCAGUGAAUAACCGGCGUAUAAAACGAUAUACGUUAAAUAAAAAGUAAUUUCAGUCGGAAACUACUACCAUACAAAUAACCACAUCACGCGUUCAUACGUAGCCCCAAGGUUGUAAAGCAACAUGGCGACGAAUAUCGCUCUAUUUUUUAAUAACAAAUGAAGGCUGCGUCUGUCGUAAUUAUACACGAAACCGUUAUGGCGAUCUAGUAUUAAAAUUUCCGGUACCUCUGUUCGACGCGUUAUAAAUUUGCCAUAUUCUCAUACGCUAAAUCGACAGGUAAGCUCUGACCGCUGUUAUAGGCAUGUGUCGGUCCCGCGAUUACUCGUCUUGAAUCUAACAUCACAACUCGGCUCCGGCUGCCCGUCCUCGCGAGUUCAACGCAUCCAUAUUUAUAACCACGUGCGACGUGUUAAUGAGGAUAAAUAGCCGUACAUUGUCGACUGACGUAUACACCCGAUUAACAGCCCCGUUGAAUAUCGGAAACUGCUAAAUACAAGCUCCGUUUCAACACUGAUACUCAAUUCGAAGUAAAUUAUAACGAUAAAAUGGAUCCUCUUGGUGGGGAUCAACGAGUGAUACAACAAUCUCGAUCCACUCGUGGUCGAGGCCGUGGAUCUUGGGCACCGACACCAUCCCAGGAGACACGGGGACUCAGGCGACCACAUCACACUUCUGCUGCCAGCGUAAACACAGGUUCCAUGGAGAACACUGGAACAAAGACAGAUGGAGCCAAAGGUGACAUCGUCAAAAACUCAACACUUUCCGUUGAUGCCGCUGAAUUCGUACCCAAAAGCUUCAGUCCAGCGCUACCGAACCAGCAACAAUCUGGAUCAGCGAUGCCUAGACACUCGGUUCAGAAUCGGCUGAAUAAUGCAAGACAGGGCCAUCAUGGUGGGCAUCAACACGGCUUACAUCAACAGUACGUACCUCAGCAAAAUCGCUACAUUCCACAUCGGGAGCAACAGGUCUACAUGGGUCCGCCACAGCACCAGCAUUAUAAUCAGUACUCAAAUACUCAAGAUUACGGGUAUUACGACAGAGGAUCAGGGGAUCACAGCAGACAUCAGGCCGAACAAAACGAGUUAGAUGUGGAAGGUGAUGGUGAAGAUUGGAGCGGAAUGAGGGGAAUGAUGGGACAGCUAGAAGUGGCGAUGCGGACACUCACUCUCAGUCCUGGGCGGUUUGACUCUUUGGUUGCAUCUCUCGUUGAUGCCAUUACUCCAUGUCUUACUAAUACAGUGCAGACGCAAGCUAUAAUUGGAGCCAUACUUGGACAGUCCAUAAACGAAGGAAAUUUCCGGUACAGCGGUGCACGUCUUUGCACAUUUUUGGAUAAUGCAGCUUUAAGCGAACGUGCUCCAUCCAUUUUCAGAGACACUCUCGUUGCUAGAUGCCGCGAGGAGACAGAAAAGUCAAUUGAGUUUUGGAUGCAGAGGAGUUUACCAGAAGAUGAAGUAAAGGAAAAACUUUGCCAUGGGUUAAUACUGUUUUUGGCUGAACUAGUCACUCAAAUGGAGUCAGAACCAGCAUCUGUGUUGGGAAAAUUGUUAAUUGAAUUAAUGUCUGCUGUUCUACAGCGCCCUGCUCCGAACUCUGCUAAACACAUCUGCCAGGCACUUAAGUUGGCAGGUCAAACUCUAGAAAGAGACAGUUGCGGUGGAGGGGCUGAGAUGGAAAAUGUAAUGCGUAGGCUCACUGGGCUUGUGAACGAUGGUCAGGUCGAUGUUCACGUCGGUCGAAUGGUUAAUAGCGUAGACGAACUCCGUCGGGGAAACUGGGGACGUCUUGUUUCAACGCACGGACCUUACAAUUCUACCGUCAAUGAUAGUCCUCAAACACCUGCAGAUGUAUCGCAACAGCCAUUAACAAAUGAGCCCGUGUUUUACGGUCCUGAUGGCAACGUUUUAUCUCCAGAGGAGAGCAGAUUCUUGCAAGAUCUAACCGGGGACACGCCUGACGUCGAGGAAUUCGGCGAGGGAGAGGAUGAUGGCGACAUUGAUGGUAUUUGGAAUGAAGAAGGAGACGAUGGUGGGAUGGACGAUGACAUUGCAGCAGCCUAUGAACAGUUUUUAAAGCUUGCUCCAAAUAAAAGCAAUGGUAGGGCACAACGAUAAGCAUUUUACAAUUUUCAAAUCGUGACCACUGGUACAUUGAGCCACACAAUACACGUAUCGUCUUCAAAUACCCAUUUAUUAUCAACAUUAAUAAGUGAAAAUUCUGUACAUUUAUCAUUGUCAAUAUCAGUCAACAUUACGCAGCUUCUGAUCUUCUCCGAAUCGUACUCGUUAUCUAUUUAAUAGUACAGUUUUCUCACCACAAUAUGAAUACAUACGUACAUACAUACAUACAUACGUAUAGCAUUGUAUAAUGCAUGGAUACAACCGUGUGUUCAUAGCAGCUGUGCAGGUAACACAUCAAUAGAAAGACUUUUGGAAAGUCGAGUCUCACGCAUCAUGAGUGAAAAGAACCGUCUUACGUUGUCCAAUAUAUCAUGUCUGAUACAUAAUGUGCGAUAUUUCAUUUACUGUAUCGCGAAUAUAUUGUCUCGAGGUAAGCGAAGCGGGAAGCAGUUUUCAAUUGCCAGAUAUAAAUCAAUUUUUGAAUUUGAAUACCAGUUCGGCUUUGCUUGAAUCGAAUCGAUACAUCGCUUGAGAUGGACUCCAUUAAUUUAAGUUAGUUGUGACUGUAAUUGUAUUUAGUGUAAUAUUGAUAGCACGUUUUAACUCUUAACGGUCAGAUCCUCUAAGGAUACAUGAUCGAAGAAAAAUACAUAUGAGGCGUUCUUAGACUCAUUGCUACUCACAUCAGUCGAGAUUGACCGUCUUAUCCCGAUAUUCAACAAAUUGGGAACUUCGAAAUGGUAAUUUAUAUAAGUAUGGUAAGGAAUAGUAUGAUUAUAGCAUAUUUUUUCGUACUAUAUUUGUUAUUUAUUGGCUAUAAUAUUAGGUACGGAAUCGGAAGGGAUUUUCUUACAUUUUGUGCCUUUGCCAGGUGACGAUGUGUGCUCAUAUGCAUAUUUUUUUCUAGUUCCAAAUGAAGUAAUUUACUAUCAAAUGGUUGUGUUUUGUAUUCUAAGUACUGGUCCAGUGUUUUUCUACUGUGCUUGCACUUGCUUGAAAUUACACGUUAGUUAAUUUUCUUUUGAUAAUCCUAGAUUCUCAAAUUUUUUAAUGUUUAUCUUGUCACGUUUACUUGUUUUGUAAAAUUUUUACUAAUAGUAUGCAAUUGAAAAAUCGCAAAAUACAAAUUACAGAUACCGAUUUCAUUCUAUUUUGCAGUGAAUAUUGCAAAAAUUCCUUUUUGGUAAUUGGAGGGAAAAAAAAAAAUUCACAUUACUUUAUAUUUUGAAUCUAUAGGUAAAUACGUGUCCUUAUGUUAUAUAGUUCUUCUGCUCAUUUAGUAGUGGAAAAAAAACCAUUGAAAUUUAGGUUCGGUGUUCAAGUGAUCAUCCGUGUAUAGCAAUCCCGAAAAAAUCCAUAGGUCCUAAAACUAUUCCAAAACCCAUGACACUUCAUGAUAUGCCAACUGUCUAUAAUUCCACUCAUGCUCUAAAUAUUUCUUGCUCGUUAGUGUGGAAGAAGGUCAAUCGUAUUGUCGUAGGUCGAUCUUGCAUUCAUGUAUCAAUGCAAACAGUGAAACGCACUGUCGAGUCUUACAAGGAUACUGUCAGACCUCCGGAUCACGGAUCAUGUUAAAAUUUUUAGAGGUGUUUGGUCUAAAAUAUAAUACUUUGAUGUGUAGUUUCAUCCAUUAGGCCUCUCUUCUCGCCUCUAACUGAUUAAAUUAGCAGUGUGAUGAGCGAAAUGCCGUAAUAAACUAAACCUAUUGUGUAUUUUUGCCUUAAAUAUUAAUUUUUAUUGUGCUCUAUUUCAGUUUCGAUGACAGUCUCAUACAGAUUCUAGUGUAAACGGAAAAAUUAUUAUUUCACAGCUUUAGUGAAGUUUAAAUUGCGAAUUUCCAACAACCCGAUUUAUAGUAAAUUGAGCGAAGAAAGGCCCAAUGGAUGGAAAUAAACAUCAGAAAUGACACUUCUUGGACCAAAGAGACAUCCAAAAGAUUCAGCAAGACCCGUGAUCCGAAGCUCUGAUACUAUCCUUCAUGUCAGUUUGAAAAAAAUUGGUAGCAAAGCCUAUCACGUUUAGAUACAAUGAGUGUUUUUUAAUACAUCUGUUUCAAUAAGAAAUUAUUUUACAAAAAUCACUCUUCUGUCCUACGAAAUUCCCAGAAAAUAUGUUGCAUGUAAAUUAAAAAAAAAGCGUAGGUAAUAGCGCCAAUUUUUUAGACUUUCCAAACGCGAGAGCACAUUACGACGAAAUCAAUACAAUAUUUUGAAAUAACUAAAAAUAUAACUCUAGCCUAUUAGAUUUAACACAGUGUGGUUCGAACAAAGCAGCGCUUCAUAUAAUUUAUUUAUUCAAAGUAUAUUUUGUUUUACUAAUUUAUUCGAAUUAAAUGCAAGGUUGACGGGACGAGGAUGUGACAUACCGCGUAUACAUUAGGGUGUUUGAGAAAAAAUAAUUUACGAUUUUUCACCAUGGCACCCCCUAAAAUGUUUGUUUGGGUUAAAAGAGAGAUUGUGUCAAAAUAUAAGCGUUCUACGUUAUGCGGAAGAUCGCACUUAUUUGACUUUUCACUUUUUUCCCCGUUUUUUUUGAACUUGUGAAGAAACACGUUGUAGCAUUUCAAUUUACUAUUUCUUCCCUGAAAUUUAUAUUCAACCCAAAGAUCAUGAUCAUGUAUCACCCGGAAUCUUAUUCUCCUUAAUUAAAAGUUCGUACUAAAUUAUAACUAUUAUAUGAGAUUGAAGUAAUAAUGAAAAAGGUGUCAGAUACACUCUUCAAACAUCAACUGGCGACUUGAUAUUUAUAAGUGCGAGUCUUCUUUAUGACGUGAAUUGAUAUUAUGAUUGAUGUAAGCAGCAAGAAGAAUAUUUUAUUAACGAUAUUUCGUAAAUUGUAAUAAAUGUAUAGAAAUGAAAAAUCAACUGAGCGCGGUCUUCCACAUAACUUAGAUCGCUCAUCUUUAAACAGGACCUUUUUUUCAAUCUAAAGAAAAAAAUUUGUUACGGGGUGCCAUGGUGGAAAAUCAUAAAUUCUUUUUUUCUGAAACACACUAGUAUACAUGUAAAAAUAUACAGUGAUAUUUUUUAUUUUCUGUCGUUUACAUAAUGCUAAGAUUUGCAUAUAGAAAAAGAAGAGGCUUAAUAUUUAAAAAUAGAACAGAAUGUCACAAUGAUUUACCAAGUAAUCAGUGGGUGGCGUAUAUAAAGAUAACCGCAUAGUUUUUAAAUUUACGGAAGUCACAACCGAUUCUUCGGCAUCUUCGGCAUCGAUUAUAUAUAAUAUAUAGUAUAUACUUAUAGAUAUUAUAUAUUAUUGUAACUAGUGUCUUUUUAUUUUUGUCUCGCUGCAUUUGAUUGAAUGAUUAAAUAAAUUAUAAUGUAAUUACUAAUUGGAAAUAAUGGGCUCACGGUACGCGACAAGAGUUUUAUUUAUUUGGAUAAUGUUAUCGGUGUUCCAAUUGCAUUUUAUAUCUUGCUAAAUUUCUCCACGUAAAUAAUUUCGAAAAUGUCAGAGUAAAUAAAGAAAAAUUUUCUUUAACUUAAAAAUGAUACAAAAUUAGUAGAUCAACCAAGUUUAGUGGUACCGGACAUUUUAUAAUGUCUAAUACUAUCAUGUAACAAUAAAUGAAAUACAUUUUGAA